GAGGUGGAAACUCAAUUGAGCACCAUAAUGGAUCUCACAAAAUGUGUGAUAACUGAUGGUCCUAACCAAACUGAUCUGAGAUUGUUUGCAAAUUAUCUAAUGAAUGUAACUGGAGAAGUGGUGUCUACGUUUCUGAAGAAAAUGGAUAGCAAUGUCAGCUUCUCAGUUUCUGUCCAGAACUUAGAGGUUGAAGUUCUCAAGUGUCAACUAACCACCUGUACUGAAAUCUCUCCACUUAUCACAAGCUAUGUCUCUCUGAAUAUUGAUUUCAGUUGGACUUCGGAGAGCAACACUGCUUUGGCCUUUAUGAGCUACACAAACAUGGCAGACAUCUUUAAACCUAGUUUCUUCGACACAAAUAUAGUCUCAACAAAAACUUUGAUGUCUACUGUUGUCCAGCUCUCAAAUCCCCAAAUCACCCAAUCAAUGGACCUCCCAACAAACUUCACCCUAGAACACAUCAGAGAGUUAGACCCCAAGGCCAUUCUAACCUGUAUGGACUGGGAGCCAAGUGGAUGGCCAAUGUGUUACAUAAUAGAGACCAACAACACGCACACCAUGUGCUCAUGUUAUUAUAUGACCUCUGCUAUUAGAAUUGCUCUCAUCAGUGAGACUGACCCAUGCAUGGAUAUCUCAACAGAAGAUUGUGAAGAGAAUUUCCUGAUUCGUAUGUUUUACUACAUAUAUUACAUAAAGCAAUUACCACAGGAGACUGUGGAAAAUUACUUGAUCACAACAACUAACCUUACGGAGCGUGUUAAAAUGCGAUGGGUACCAUAUUAUUAUUAUUAUUAUGGUGCUAUAUUAUUGUAUGUAAAUGAACUAAUAGUGACUACACUGGAAAAGGAAACAGAUACCUACAAUUUCAUCAGCAUCUCUCUCCAAACUUUAGAGGUUAAAGUUUUAAUGCUUGGACCUUUUGCCAACUUGAACAAAACUCCCACAGUCACCACAAGCCAUGCUUCUUUGGACAUUGAUCUUAUUAAGAUUUCAAAAAACUACAAUGUUUCUGUGACCCUCCUGAGCUACACCAACAUUGCAGACAUCCUGGAGCUUUCUUUCUAUAAUACAUUUACCAACUUAAAUAAAAACAUAGUUUCCCCUGUGGUGACAAUUUUAUGUCAGGGCACUGACUUUGAUCUCACCAAACCAAUGAACGUCACCCUCAAUCACAUCAAGGGCAUAAAAACAGAGGGCAUUCUUCUCUGUGCAAACACGGAUUGGUACAUGUGGGAAACUAGUCUCUGUAGUAUUACACACACCAACAGCACACACACUGUGUGUUCUUGUAGUUCUUGUCCAGGAACUCUGGCUCUAUUUUUGAUGACUAUCCCCUGCAUGGAUAAUUUCAUAGCACAGUGUGCAAAGAACUUCCUGGAUGACAUUCCAAACUAUGCAACUGAAGACAUGACACUUGAGCUUGUAGAAAGUUAUAUCAACAUAAUAAGUACCCUUAUGACUCGUGUGAAAAAUGUCACUUCAGAAGAAAAUGAUUUAAUAUCCUUUGGAAACAGUGUAUUGGAAGUCAGUGAAAAAGUCAUGCAAAAACUCAUACAAAUGAAUGCAACGGUUUCUUUCCAAAAUUUAGAGGUUCAAGUAUUCAGUGUUGUGCCUAAUGUCGACUUGAGCCGAACCCUGACACUCAUUACAAGCCACGCCUCUCUGGAUAUCAAGCUCUCUGGGAUUUACCUCUCUGAGAAUUACCAAGGUUCUGUGACAUUUCUGAGCUUCAAUAAAAUAUCAGACAUCCUAAAACCUACCUUCUUCAAAACAAUCAUCAACACAAAGAAAACUCUAAUAUCCACUGUGGUGUCAGUCUUAUUAUCUCAAGACACACAACUUACCACAGCAAUAAAUGUUACCUUCCAACACACCACAACCACAGCAUUAAAAUCUGGAUUCAGUCUUUCAUGUGUAUACUGGAAGGACACAGAAUGGAUUGAAGGUGGCUGUGACAUCAUACAGACUAACAGUAGUCACACUGUGUGCUCAUGUAAUCAACUGGAUACAUUUGCUCUUAUCAUGGAGACUGACCCAUGCAUAGUAAGACAUCAGUAUAUUACACAAUUACAUUUAAUAGGCACAGUAAGCAUCAGGAACAACGUGUUUUCCUCCUUCCUCCAUAUAGUGAUCUGCUUCCUGCACUCUUUCAUGUCUUCCUGA